GAAUCUAACUAAGUUUCAAGUCCAAUGCAAUCCAGUUAGACAAUGGACUUUGACGAUCUGACUGAACAAAUUAGUUUUGAAAAGGCUGUUGCAAGAGCGCGUUCCCAUAUCUUACAGGCUUCAUCGGCAUCUGGCAAUUUUGACGAGCUGAUAAGCAAAUAUAGCGCCUUCAAGGACAUCUCACGGGAGGCAAAAAAGAGAGGGAAGCUAAUCAGCUCAGUUUUGGUGGCAGCAGAAGGUAUAGUGCGGUCAUUUUCGCCUUCACCUGAAGUGUCCAGUUCUGAGACUUCCUUGGGGUCGUAUGUGUGUAGUGAAGAUGAAGAGAAACUUCUUAGGCUACUUCUCACCAUGUAUAUGCAUCUGUAUUCUAAUAAUCCAGUUCCUACCAGGCAGCAAUGGAGUGAUGCUGUAUAUUCAACGAUUUCAGGUGCAUUUGAUAAAACUUCGAUGCGAAAGGAUUUCAAGUUUAACGGCCACACACCUUUGCAAUCUUCUUACACCACAGCUCUGUUUGAGGUCUUUUGUACUUCAAGGGGAACCGUAAACUGUGAGGAGGAGAGCGACGACGGCUCCUUCGUGGAUUCUCAAUUUAUUUCUUACUUGAAGCGUCUGCUUGUUUUAGGUCGAAAGAAUGCAUCUCGUGGAGGCUUCAUGAAUCCAGCAGAAUCUGGUAAGCCUAUUAAUGAAAUGCUUCGAGCUGUUCGGCAAUUUGUCAACAGUAACACGAUCGAUUGGUAAAGUAUAGUCAUCAUAAAUUUUGCGGUUAAUAAUAAUCUUAAAAUCUUGGUCGAUACAUUUGCGCGUUGAAUACACAAAGUAAUAUUCCAAGUAUUUUUUUUGCUUUCAUUAACUUGUCUGAUGGAAAAAA